UUUUUUGUUCACCCUCCAUUCCAUUCCCACCCUAUCAUUCAAUGGAAAGCCAAGAUCCACAAAACUCUCCUCCCUUCCUUUUCACUCCCAUGUCAAUGAUGCAAAACCCAAAUUUGGAACCUCAAGGCUUGCAUGAUGACAUAGACUGGGUUAGCCUUUUCUCUGGCCAGAGCAACUUCCUUGCGGAUGCCAAUGCGAUGAUGGAAUGCGCUUCUUCUUCUUCUUCUUCUUCGUCCUCCUCGUGUGCUUUGAUGGCUGAAAAGAGUGAUAAAGAGACAAUGAAAGGGGGUAGAUUGAGGAAGACAACACGACCCAGGUUUGCGUUUCAGACGAGAAGUGAAGAUGAUAUUUUGGAUGAUGGUUAUCGUUGGAGGAAGUAUGGACAGAAAGCUGUGAAGAACAACAUACAUCCCAGAAGCUACUACCGUUGCACGCAUCAUACAUGCAAUGUGAAGAAACAGGUGCAAAGGUUAUCCAAAGACACAAGCAUCGUGGUGACCACUUACGAGGGAAUUCACAAUCACCCAUGCGAAAAGCUCAUGGAAACCCUAACGCCCCUUCUGAGGCAAAUGCAGUUUCUCUCUAGGUUAGCUUCCAAUAAUAACGGCGGUCCUUCUUCUCUGCUAUAGCUACAGCCUGCAAUAUAUAUGCAAUUGAUAUAUAUACGUCCAUGUCACAAAGUUGACUUAUAUUUACGCUCUUCAUUUGCUUUCUAAUUAAUUAAUGUUGUAAUUGAUCAGAUGUACAAUGCACUUUCACAUCUGGUUUGUAUAUGUCACAUCCCAGUGCAAAGGUUAUCCUUUUCAACA